AUGGGAACAACGGCGAAAGCUCUAUCCUUCUCUCUCCUCUCUCUGCCCAGACGCUUCUCUUCCAGUAAACCCCUUUUCUUCUCCCUACAGUUUCAUAUUCGCCCGCCUGCUCACAGAGUGGUGGUUUUCCACAAUUUCCGAUCACUUUGCACCGCCACCACCGCUGCAGAGCCCGCCUUCGACGUAGCUGAAUCACAACUGCAGCCAGCAAGACAUUCGAUCCUUCUGGAAAGACUCAGGCAGAGGCACCUCAAAGGUUCCGCCGGAACUUCAAAGCCUAGCGCCGCCGCGCCUCAACCUGCGGUGGGUGGGUCCAAAAAAGGUAAAUUCGGAGAGAACGAGGGGCCGAGAAGGAAAAAUAACAGUACGGCGGAGGUGGGUUCGAGUUUUGAGGAGCUGGGAUUGAGUGAAGAGGUGAUGGGUGCUUUGGGGGAAAUGGGGAUUUCGGUCCCAACUGAGAUUCAGAGAAUUGGGAUACCUGCAGUGCUUAAAGGGAGGAGUGUUGUUUUGGGGUCCCACACUGGUUCUGGCAAGACCCUGGCUUACCUGUUGCCCCUUGUUCAGUUGCUUAGAAAAGACGAGGCUAUGCAUGGUAUUAUGUUGAAGCCCAGACGUCCGCGGGCUGUUUUGCUAUGCCCAACUAGGGAGCUCUGCGAGCAGGUGUUCCGUGUUGCAAAGUCCUUAAGUCACCAUGCGCGAUUCAGAUCGACCAUGUUAAGUGGUGGUGGGCGUUUAAAACCCCAAGAAGAUUCCUUGAACAGCCCUAUUGACAUGGUUGUGGGGACUCCUGGUCGGGUUUUGCAGCACAUUGAAGAUGGCAAUUUGGUCUAUGGUGACAUCAAAUACUUGGUCUUGGAUGAGGCAGACACUAUGUUUGAUCACGGCUUUGGCCCAGACAUCCGCAAAUUUCUUGGACCUUUGAGAAACCGUGCAUCUAAACCUGAUGGUCUAGGAUUUCAAACUGUAUUAGUCACUGCAACAAUGACAAAGGCAGUACAAAAGCUGGUUGAUGAGGAGUUUCAGGGCAUUGUCCAUUUGCGUACUUCUACCCUCCAUAAAAGGAUUGCAUCUGCUCGGCAUGAUUUUAUCAAGCUUUCAGGUUCUGAGAAUAAACUGGAAGCCUUGUUGCAGGUUCUCGAGCCAAGUUUAGCAAAAGGAAAUAGGGUGAUGGUUUUCUGCAACACAUUGAAUUCUAGUCGGGCCGUGGAUCACUUUUUAAGUGAAAACCAAAUCUCUACUGUCAAUUAUCAUGGAGAGGUGCCUGCCGAACAAAGAAUUGAGAACCUAGAAAAGUUCAAGAGUAAUGAUGGGGAUUGCCCUACAUUAGUCUGCACUGACUUAGCCGCAAGGGGAUUGGACUUGGAUGUUGACCAUGUUAUCAUGUUUGAUUUCCCCUUAAACUCUAUUGAUUACCUGCAUCGAACUGGAAGAACUGCCCGCAUGGGUGCUAAAGGGAAGGUGACAAGUUUGGUUGCGAAAAGAGAUUCAAUGUUGGCCACUCGCAUAGAAGAGGCUAUAGCAAAGAAUGAGAGCUUGGAAUCUCUUUCCGUGGACAGUAUCAAAAGGGAUGCUGCCAGGUCACGCAUAAGCGAACACAAGGAAAGAGGUGCAAAGCUUGUAAGAAAUUCGGCUCCGAAAAAUAAAGCCAAUGUUGCUUCUUCAGCUAAAUCAUCUGAAGCCCAUGGCAAAGCAAAACCGGCCACCAAGAAAACCUUCGUGGUCAAAGCUGGCAAAGCACCCACAAUUACCACAGGUAAAAAGAAGAUGGUGAAAGUUUUCAAAACAUCAAAAUCUUCUGGUGGUAGCAGCUCCCCCAGAGGAACAUCGUCUAGGGGUAAAAGCCAUCCGGGAAAAGAAAAAUCAGAUGUAGUUAGGUCUAAGUUAAAUGUUGUUGGGUUCAGGGGAAGGAGCGCGGUUAAAUCUUGA